UUCCUGACACUAUCUGAGGUCUACGUGAAUCACGUGACGACCAAACAUUUUGAACUCCCGUUGUUGUUCUGGCGUAAAGUAUAUGAAUCUUUUAUCAGUUCAAAGGCGAGAAUUAAGAUCGACGUUUGUUUCAAUUAUUCGAAGUGAUUUUUCAGGACCAAAAAUGCGAGCCUUAGUGAUUAUGCUUCUCGGAGUUCAUCUUGCCUAUGCUGGAACACACUCUCUGAAAUACUUCAGCACUGGUGUGUCUGGAGACAUUGACUUCCCAGAGCUCACUACUGUUGGUCUGGUGGAUGAUGUGCAGUUUAUCUACUUUGAUAGCAAUGCAAUGAAAGCUGUGCCAAAGACAGAGUGGAUGAGAGAGAGUGAGGGAGAAGAUUACUGGGACAGUCAGACUCAUACCAACAUUGAGAAACAUCAGGUCUUCAAAAACAACAUCCAGAUCGCAAUGCAACGGUUCAACCAGUCAAAGGGUGUGCACUCAUUCCAGCAAAUGUACGGCUGUGAGUGGGAUGAUCAGACUGGAGCAACAGAUGGGUUCUUUCAGGAAGGAUAUGAUGGAGAGGACUUUCUGUCUGGGGAUUUUAAGGAGUCUACAUGGAUUUCUCCAGUGCAGCAAGGAAUCCCCACUGUACAGAAGUGGAACAAUGACAGAGUUUCUCUUGAGUAUUACAGAAAUUACCUCAGCACUCGGUGCAUUGAGUGGCUGAAGAAGUAUGUGCAGUAUGGAAAGAGCAGUCUGCAAAGAAAAGUCUCUCCUCAGGUGUCUCUGCUGCAGAAGUCUUCCUCGUCUCCAUUGUCGUGUCAUGCUACAGGUUUUUACCCCAGUGGAAUAACAAUCUCCUGGAUGAAAAAUGGACAAGAGCAUCUUGAGGACGUGGAUCUUGGAGAACUUCUUCCCAACGAGGACGGAACCUUCCAGAAGACGAGCACCAUUAGAGUCUCACCUGAGGAGUGGAAGAACAAUGAGUUCAGCUGUGUGGUGGAACAUCAGGGCAAGAGUGUGACAGAGGACAAGAUCAGGACUAAUGGGGAUUCUCUUCCCAUCAUGGCGAUUGUUGGUGUUGUUGCUGCUGUCGUUCUGUUGAUCGGCAUUGGUGUCAUUGGGUUUGUGGUGUAUAAGAAGGAACAAGGUGAGGACAGUUUUGGGCCGUACAAACUCUGAAAUAUCUUAAAUAGGAAAUAAGAAAUAUCAAAUGUUGUUUCUGACUCAAACUAAAUUCAAAUUGCAUUUGUGUGCUUCACUGAUUGCAGUCUUAGUUUUGAAAAUGUUACUCUUGUGGAUGAAUAUUAAAAGAGAAAUAUAUAUUAGUGAUGUCAAAUUGAUUAAUCACAGCUAACAUAAGUUUGUAUAUAGAUUAGAUUGAUCAUGAUUACUCGAUUUGACAGCAUUUAUAAAUAUAAAUAAAAUAUACUUUCCUUUGUAUUUGGUGUUCAUUGAUUGAAAUUACUGAACUUGCAUCUCACUUGAUUGUUUUACAGGCUUUCAACCUGUCAGCGGUUCUGAUGACGGUUCUUCUAACAGCUCAACUUAACUACUCCACAGGCAUAAAGAGAGACUGGACAUGUGCGAGAAUCAAGUUGAAAAAACGAUGCUUGUCGUGAUGCCCAUCUUGCUUACAAAAAUGCACAACACACACACACACACACACAUACACUUACACACAAAGAGAGGGAGAGGGAAUCAUAGAUUUCUGGGAUUUAUGUUUUAUGGUUCUGAAUUAAUUACAUCUAAAAAGUAAUGUUUUUGUUUCUUCACACUUUCUGUUCAUCUUAUCAACUUUUGAAUUUUACCAUAUAGAAAUACAACUCAUUGAUUACCUACAUUAGAGAAUGUGUAUAUUUCUCUUUAGUGACAGAAGAAAACAAAGAACACAAAUCAUUGAUUGACAGGGUUUGUAGAUUUGAGAAGAUUGAUUUGUAGGAUUGUGACGUCAGGACUGAACAUUAAAAAGAAAGUGUAAAGCUGAAGUGUUUUAUAUCUCCUGUGUAGAGCAGCGUCUCCGAUCAUUUUUUAUGUCUGUGUGUUUCUACAGUGACAUUAUCUGUGGAAGCUAGAAUAUGAAGUAAAUCAGGGGAAGACUGCUAACAAGUCCUGGAAAAAUUGUAAACUUUAAAAUGGUAUAGACUAGAGUGCAUGAUUUGUGAAAUUUGUCCUUUCUGUCAAUUAAAUUUACCACUAUGUAGAUUUCACUUUUUAUUCCUUGUAUGGAAUUAUUAUUUUUAUUCCUUGUAUGGCUUUUUUGUAUUUCCUUCUUUUCUAUUUCCUCAUUAAUUUUUUUAAUUAUUUAGAUAAGCUGUAGUACAGAAUAAUAGUUGAUUAAACUGUUACAUAUAUCUGAACAAUACAAUAAAAUACAGAUAUUUUCCUUAAUUUGAGGUUUCUAAAGCUAAAUUAUUUACAUGAAUGUUUUUAUUUGUAUAUUGGUUGCAUUCAAAAAGUUGUAAUGCUGUUUUGAUUCUUUCGAAAUAAAUAAACCUCACAAAAUGA